AUGGGGCCCCCUACUGACCCCGGGCCCUCGGGCAGUGCCCGAGUGUCCAAAUGGUCAGUCCACCCCUGGAGCUACCUAUCCUGCAGGUACAUUCAUUCAGUGUGACUGUGUGCAAAAUCGAAUGACGUCAUAUGACGUCCUCCCAUUCUCACCAAGUGCCACCUGUCAGUGUCCAUCAGUGCCUUGUGCCAGUGCUCAUCAGUGCCUCGUGCCAGUGCCCAUCAGUGCCACAUCAAUGCCACAUAUCAGUGUCUAGCAGUGCACAUCAAUGCCACAUAUCAGUGCCCAUCUGAGCUGCCUUUCAGUGUCACCCAUCAGUGCCACCUAUCACUGCCAAUCAGUGCCACCUAUCAGUGCUGCCUAUCAGUGCCAGUCAGUGCCGCCUAUCAGUGCCAGUCAGUGCCGCCUAUCAGUGCCAGUCAGUGCUGCCUAUCAGUGUCUUAAAUCAGUGCCAUGUAUCAGUGCUGCCUUUCAGUGCCCAUCAGUGAUGCCUGUCAAUACCCUUCAGUGCCACCUACCAGUGCCUCCUCAUCAGUGCCCAUCAGAGCCACCUAUCAGUGUCCAUCAGUGCAGCCUAUCAGUGCCCACCACUGCAGCCUCAUUAGCACACAUCAGUAAAGGAGAAAAAUCACUUAUUUACAACAUUUUAUAACAAAAACUAAGAAAAAAAAAAAUUUUUUUCCAAAAUUUUCUGUGGUUUUUGGUUUGUUUAAGAAAGAAUAA